AUGCCGUAUCCGCCCGCGCCUCGGGUCGCGCAACAGCUCCGGCCAAACGGCAGCCAGGCCGCCUGCGAUCCCUGCCGCGCGCGCAAGGUGGCGUGCGACCACGCCCGCCCAUCCUGCUCCCGCUGCCGCUCCAAGAAUAGGGGGAGCGAGUGCUUCUACUCUGCCAACGCCGCGCGCCGCGUCAAGAACGUCAGCAACGGCACCGUCCUCCCCGGCCCCGGCCCCGGCCCCGACACCACCCUCCUGCCCUCCCCGAGCGAUGCCCAGUCCGCCGUCGCCCCCUCCAUCGUCGCCACCGCCUCGGCCCUCUCCUCGUCGCUGCCUUCGCAGCAGCACAACUCGUACCGCCCGUCCAAGCGGCCGCGCCCCAACACCAGCAUCGGCUACAACUCGGCCUUCGACGAGGCACGUCCAGAGCUGCUCUUCGGCACCUUGCACACCAACCUCUACGGCCACUUCUCCCCCACCAUCCAGCCGGAGCAGGACCGUCGCGUCAUCUUCGCCGAGCUUCCACUCCCCGUGCGUGAGACAUGCAUGGCCGUCCUCCGCGCUCUCCCCGGCCAACGCGACGCCCAGAUGACCUACAUCGACGGUGACUUCCAGGCCAAGGGCUGGCUCCAUCUCGCCGCGCAUCGCAUCGUCCGCUGGCUGCAGGCCGUGCUCGCCGAGGUCCCGGGACGGGGCGAGCAGGAAACCCUCGAGCGCGUAGCAGAAGUCAUAUCCACCAACACGUCAAGGCCGCUUCGUGGUCCGUUCCCCGACUGGGAGUCGUGGUUGAACUGCUUCGUCGGCGCCAAUACGAGAUGGGAGUCCAUAGGCUACCUCUGGACUCAUAUGGAGAGCAUUUCAGAUAUCCUGGAUGCCCUCAUUCCAAGGAAGCUGGUCCGCUCAGAAAACUGUAAAUCAGACCAAAUAGCCAAGUAUCAUGUGGACAGCUGCAUCCGACUCGCGCGUCAAUUUACGGAGGAGAGUGAUUUAUUAGCCGAGCUAUAUCGUCGAAGAUCGAUUCUCGUAUCCAUGGUGGACGGUGAAUCAGUUAUUUACGUGUGGGCAUCAUUAGGAUUGCCGAUGUGGGAGGCCCACGGCGCAAAUGUAGCGUAUAUGGUCUUUCUCGGCUUGCACGCUCAGGAGAAUACCUCCCAGUAUACCCCGACCGCAUGGUCAGAGAAUAAUCGGCGAAUGGCGGCCGGCACUUUUGUAUUCGAUAAACUCGGAGUCAUGCUUACGGGGCGGCCCCCCCUCAUCAGCCAUCGCUACUACACGGCGCCGCUGCCGCUUGAUCUUCGCGACGAAGACCUCAUCGCCGGAUCCACUACCCUCGCCAACGCCAUCAACUCUCUCGACGAACGAGGUUGGAAUACAGAGGGCGGUUUGUAUUCGGCGACCGUGGUGCGAGCCCGUACCAUGAUGGCGUUAAUUCGAGACGAGGUUAUUGAAUUGACCAUGAGUAACGGUCGCAAUCCGAGUCUAGAAUAUCUCAUGGAUCUCAAAGAUCGUCAAUACACCUUGGUAUCCGAGUUUCCAGUCAGCCUCAGGUACGAUCCGCAAGACCUCGAAGCUCCCCAUGUAGACAUACACGGUCUCUACAUGAAGAUUAUCACCCAGCUCGAACAUCUCCAAAACCUCUUCUUCAUCGACAGGCUCCUAAUCCGUUGCGGGUAUGCCAUUCGGGAUAACUUGCUUGAGACGAGCCUUGGGCUAGCGGUCUUGGCCCUCCACCUUUGGAUUCAUAAGGAUCAAUUCGCGGGGGCCGUUGUGGCGCGCAGCUUUGAGUGGAUUAUGCUUUCGUACGGCGCGCCUGCCGCCGGCAUAUUAUGCCAAGAGGUGCUGGGGGCGGGCGAGCACAGCAAGGAUCCGAACAUCGGCCGUGCCACCGUCAUUCAGCAGCUCAGCCUGCUCGUCGGCUUCUUUGACUGGGUUCGGCCGUCGAUGCCGAACGCGAAGCUGUGCGCCAACUGCAAGGCCAUCAUCCAGCAGGUGCUCGACCAGUGCCUGAACACGAGUCCCGAGGACGCUCUGCCGACCUUCCCCGUAUGGGACCUGAGCGAUCAGCCAGACUUUAGUUUUGAGCUGAUGGAUACCUUUGACUGGCUGCGGGCCGCUGAAGAAUAG